GCAAUGGCCCUUUCUAGGAUUUAACACACCAUAUUCACCAUAAAGACUCACAUUAAAGAAUGUAUUCAAUGUUGAGAUAUAAUGUUGUGCUAGCUAGCUCGGGUUAGCAAGCUCUGCAAGUUUGCUAGUACAGUUGUUCUGCCCGCUGGGCUGUCUAGAUGAGACUGCUGUUGCUGUCUUUGAUGAUAACGAUAUUUAAGGAUAGACUCUGGUGAAAAAGCAGCAUAAUAUUCCCAGGAUUUGGUUUGGCAGAGUAUUUUCAGCGCUGAAGGAAAGUUUCUCGUGCACAAAACAGGGACUUUAAUAACAUGGUGUAAAUAUCAUGUGAGCCGGCCGCUAAGUUUACUUACUGCAACGGCAAAUGAAAAGUAAAAGCUAAGUUAGCUGCACAUCGAGUUGUUUUGACAUACUGGCGAAACGUCUAAAGGAUCAUAGAUAUUUUUAUAUGUAUGUAAAAUAUUAGAAGGCACAAGUCAGCAGUUGCAUUUGCUGUUAGUUGGUUUCAUAUUACUUUAGCUGUUGACCCCGUAACAUUCUUGGAAUUUACGCUUUUCUGGUACUAUAACUCAGUCAAAAUAUGACUUUCUUGAGGUUAAACUAAAACAUCAUUUUGAACUGGUUAGGCCACGCUAACUCCAGCCCUAAAACACAGACUGUUGUUGCUGUUAAGGCGAUCUCUAAUAGCAAUCGCAAUAAUUGCAUUGUGGAAUUAAAAUGUUGUAUUUCCUCCUAUGUCAAGUGACAGGAGAAAUUAUUGAAAGCAAGCAUUGUUUACGUUGUCAGACUCUGCAGAGUUUUGUUGUUGUUAUUUGUGGGGGUUUUUUUUUUUUACUCGCUAGCAGCACCCUGUUAACAUCAAGUCUUAUCUUGACUGUUUAGUUAUGCUUGUUUUGCAGUGAACUGUCAGUGUAAGUGUCUCUGCUUGUUACCAAUAUUUAUAAACGCUUCCCCUCAGCAUAGCUUAGCGUUAGCCGGGCAGCUAACUAAGCUGAUGACGAGGUAAAAAUGGCGGAUCUUUCGAAAUCCAACCCCGGCCUGAAAUAGUAACGCAGCCAGCAAAACAGCUUGUCGCUUUUUUUUCUCGCUCUUUGCCCCAGUCAGGACCACUUCUGGGCAAUUUUAAAAUAAACUAGUGCAACUCAGCACAGUUUUCUUUUGAUGGCUUUCACCUGGGGACGUGAAGAGAUUCAGCUCAGUCAGCUCUGCGUGUGAAUGUGGUAUGGAGUGGGUAGGGUUCAUAUGUGCGUUUCGGUGGAUUAAUGUUGAGUAGAGUGCAGCAGGACAAAGAUACGGCAGAGAUGAUCGUUGCGGCCUAGCAUCAGCUGUCUGCUUCAGUCAAAAUCAGCACAAGUCAAACGUUACUCAUUCCCACCUCCUUAUUUAUUACAUCUCACGUAAUUACUGAAGUCAUUUACAGGAUUAACAGAAAGCUGAGAGUUUGCAAGCAUGGAUGUAGUGUCACCAGAGCUCAACAGCCUCCUCCCAGAUGAGAUCAUGGAUACUGAGGAUAUAGAGGAUGUUCCUCACUCUCAACCUGGCACCACUGCAGUCCACUCAGAGCCCAGUGAUGAUGCAUCGGUCCCAAUGGAAACUGAUACACCCGUGGCUUCAGAGAACGUGAGCCUCUGUUCAGAUGCCGUUUUAACUGAACCCACUAAGGCUAUGACCACCUCCACGGCCACAGACUCCAUGCUUAGUGCCAGCCCCAGAAGUCCGCCUCCUGUCUCAAAUUCCAGCACAUCGUCUCCUCUUCUUACCAUCAAACCAGCCUUGGCUACUUCGACAACCACAACCAAAACCACAGACAGUGUUACUGGAACUAGUGUGACUACAAGUGGAUUACAGAAGCUCACAACUCCAUUUACAAUCUCUCCUGCAAAUCGCCAGAUUAUUCUCAAUAAGGUGGCUUCUCAAGCCUCAGAAGCAGCAAAGUCUGCAGGUAAUCCACCCCAGGUCAUCAAGCAGGAUGGACAGAAACUUUUGGUUACAGCUAUAGGAAAAUCGGGGCAGCCUAUAGUGCUUCAGUUACCCCACACAGGCAGCAAGCCUGGCAUUUCACAGACUGCCGGAGACACCAAGUCUCAAGCGCCGCAGUUUAAAGUGGUGACUAUAGGUGGGAGGUCAGACCUGAAGCCAGUGGUGGGCAACCAGGUGACCACAUUACAGACCCAGCAGCUGAAGACUGUCCAGAUUGCCAAGAAGACACCAGCAUCCUCAGCUGCACCGAUCAAGUUUAUCAUCACAAAAACUGUUAACAGCAAAGGUAUAAGUGCCCAGACAUCAAUGCCUCCUGUGAUCACAGGACGGGUUCUGACCCAGAGUUCACCAGUGAUGCCCCCGAGGACCAUUACUCUCUCUGAGCCCCACAACACUAAUUUACAAAGUAUCCCUGGCAAAAAGAUUGCCAUUUCCCCUCUCAAGACUCCCAGCAAGGUGACUGUGGUGUCUGUGGCUUCCCCGACCUCCGGUGCUUCUCAGAAGUCUGUAGCACUGCCUGUGAAUGUAGCACUUGGCCAGCAGAUCCUGACAGUCCAGCAGUCAACAUCUGUAUCUCCAGUCAAGGUGGCCACUAGCCAAUCAACAACGCAGAACAUUAAACCUGUGGCUGUUGGAGGAGUGGGAGGUUCCCAGUUUAAAACAAUCAUACCCCUGGCCACCCAGCCCAACGUGCAGCAGAUCCAGGUGCCUGGCAGCAGGUUCCACUACGUUCGCCUCGUCACAGCAACGACAGCGAGCAGUACAGGACAGCCCAGUGGUCCCAGUACCAGCUCUAUACAGACAGCUAAACCUAUGGUGGUCAGUACAGCAGCGGUCAGGAUGUCUGUCCCAGUUGUCCCAGCACAGACCAUGAAACAGGUGGCACCUAAGCCCUUAACAUCAGGACCACAAGUAGUAACCACCACUCAGACUCAGCAACGUUUGAUCAUGCCUGCGACUCCACUACCCCAAAUCCAGCCCAACUUCACCAACCUCCCUCCAGGCACCGUCCUGACACCAGCUCCAGGAGGAGGGAAUGUGGGUUACGCGGUUGUGCCAGCACAAUAUGUCACACAGAUCCAGCAGCCACCAUUUGUGACGCUUGCCAGCAGCUCUAGUUUUUCUGCAUCCACUGGUAUCCAGACUCAGGCCAGAUUGCCUCUUAAUGGUUUGUCAGCAGCAGAAACAACCUCAAGACCAAGAAAACCAUGUAACUGUACCAAGUCACAGUGCCUCAAACUCUACUGUGACUGUUUUGCAAAUGGAGAGUUCUGCAAUAACUGUAACUGCAAUAACUGCUUCAAUAACCUGGAACAUGAAACUGAACGUCUCAAAGCUAUAAAGACUUGUCUGGACCGAAACCCAGAGGCCUUUAAACCUAAAAUUGGUAAAGGCAAGGAGGGAGAGUCGGACCGUCGACACAGCAAGGGCUGCAACUGCAAACGCUCAGGCUGCCUGAAGAACUACUGCGAGUGCUACGAGGCGAAGAUCAUGUGUUCGUCCAUUUGUAAAUGCAUCGGCUGCAAAAACUUUGAGGAGAGCCCGGAGAGGAAGACGCUAAUGCAUUUGGCAGAUGCAGCAGAAGUGAGAGUUCAGCAGCAAACGGCAGCCAAGACCAAACUAUCCUCACAGAUCUCAGAUUUGCUCAUGCGGACGACGCCUGUGAUUUCAAGUGGAAGUGGCAGGCUCCCGUAUACGUUUGUAACAAAGGAAGUGCUUGAAGCAACAUGCGAGUGUCUGCUGGAGCAGGCCAAAAAAGCAGAACAGACUCACCAGCCUCAAGUUGAGGCAGAGAGGAUGAUUCUGGAGGAGUUUGGACACUGCCUCAUGAGGAUAAUCAGCUCGGCAGGGAAAGCCAAAUCAGACUGUGCCUCCAUCAACUGCUAGGCCGAGGCCUGUAAAGGCUCUCCACCCUCUAACCCUCCUACCAGCUGUGGAGGCUAAGAGAAUGGAUUACUUUUUGCACUCUGUCCUAGACCCCAGGGUUUCUGGCCUGCAGGGAAACAGGUUGUCUCCUUCAUCAAAAGGCAGAACAAUGAACUGAAGGCAGGCAGAUCCCACCCCCACCCCCCUGCCUUAGCCAAGCUGAGGCCAGCUGGAAUAAUAAAAAACAUGGAGCAGUUGUUUGCACUGUUCACCUAUGCUAACAGAAGGAUAAAUGGACUGACUUUGAAGACGUUACCAUACUUAUCCACCUGAGUGUGAUGCACACAAAUGACUGAACAGGAAUACAAAUGUUCUUUCACUUGAUUUUCUUUUUUUUUCUUCUUUUUUUCACCCCCCCCCCCCCGCCAAAUUUCCCUUCCAAACCUCUAUCAAAUGUUUCCUUCACAUUUGCUCUUCCAUUUCACUCUGGGUUUUUUUUAGGUUUGUUUUGAGGUUUAAAAAAAUGCCUGUAAUUUUAUGUAAUCCGUAUAUUUGUGCUUUCAGUAGACAAAAAAAGAAUAUGUAUCUUUUGAUAUUUAUUUUCACAGGUAUUUGUAAUCAUUGUCAGCGCUAAUAUUGUGUGGCUUCAAAUGCUACAACAUGUUAAUUAUUAACCAAGGCUAGGCUAAAUUGUUUUAAUGAGAAAUAAGUAGAUGCAAUCUUUGGUUUUAUCCUAAAUCCAAAUGUAAGAUGAAUACACACACACACACACACACACACACACACACACACACACAGUACAGAAUAGUUGUAACUUGGUUACACUGACAGAGGUUCACAUUUUUCCUGGUGCUGUUUUGUUUUCUUAGUUACAUGCUUACUGUACAUUAAAGACCAAUUACACCCACGUGACUUGUUUAGUGUUCUUUCAGAUAUCUGGACACGAUAGCCUGAGUGUUAGUGUUUUCCAGCCCUGUCCACACCUGUGUACCUUUAGACCCUCUGUCUCAGUUUUAGUCUGGCCUAAGCUAUAAAGCUGAGACUUGUGAACAAGGGCUAGAAGAGCUGCUUGUUGUGCUUUUAAGUAAACAAAUGUGGGCAAAGCUUGUUUUUAUGUAUGUUUGUUUUUUUUCUAUUUAGGUUAUAAACUUCAAACAGGAAAGUUAUUCACGGAGUUCCACGGGAACACUGUCCCAGUACUGUCAAUGAAGCCAGAUGACACAAAUCAAUUAAAAUACAGGACACUCUGUGAAACAUAAGUGUUGUAAAACCCAUUUAAAAAGCAUUCAGCUGAUCCAAAACACUACAUCAAGUAUGCUAACAGGAAAAGAGAUCAUAUUUCUCUUAUAUUGUUUUCUCUUUCUUGUUCUGCCUUUGAGCACCAUUACAGACCUUCUAGUUCUAUUAUUUUUUUAUUAGUUCUCUCAUGUACACACUCAUAUACAGGCAUGAUAUAUCUGUCAGCAUACAUUCAAGUAAUCACUUCAGGCUUCAGUCUGCUGAAGAAGGCUCAUUAACCAAAGCAUGCUACAGCAUCUGCCAAACAUGCUGGAGGUGGAAGCAUUGCUAUGGCAACUCUGUAUACCUGCCAUUGGAACUAAGUCACUGGUGUAUAUUGAUUAUGUGACUGCAGAUAGAAGAAUUCCUCACUCUCUGCUCAGACUCAGCCAAAACUGACCAGAUGGUGUUUCACAUUGUAAAUGGAUAAUUUCUUUGCAAAGAAAUGGGCUGUCCUU